UAUUCAAAUCGUAAGCACUAAAUUAUUAUUCAAGUCUAAAACUAAGCAUGGCGACGGAGAAAAGCAAGAUUCUGGUGAUCGGAGCGACUGGUUACAAGGGGAAGUUCAUCGUCGAAGCGAGCGUGAAAGCCGGCAACCCGACGUUUGCUCUUGUCCGAGAAGCAUCUCUUACCGAUCCCAUCAAGGAAAAGACCGUCCAGAGUUUUAAAGAUCUUGGCGUCACAAUACUACACGGAGAUUUGAAUGAUCACGAUAGCUUGGUGGAGGCCAUAAAACAGGUCGAUGCGGUGAUAUCAACCGUUGGCCACAUGCAAAUCUUGAAUCAAACCAAGAUCAUUUCCGCUAUGAAAGAAACUGGUAACGUCAAGAGAUUCUUGCCGUGUGAGUUUGGUAGUGACGUAGACAGGACAAGUGCCCAUGAGCCGGCAAAGUCAUAUUUCGCCGGGAAGGUAGAGAUCAGAAGAGCCAUAGAAGCUGAAGGAGUACCAUACACAUACGUUGUUAACAAUUGCUCUACCGCCUUUUACUUGCGUACCUUAGCUCAGUUUCAGUCUGGUCUCACUUCUCCUCCUAGAGACAAAGUCACCAUUUUAGGUGACGGGAAUGCCAAAGCUGUGUUCAACAAUGAGGAAGAUACCGCUUCUUACACGAUCAUGGCAGUGAAUGAUGAGAGGACUCUGAACAAAAUCCUUUACAUCAAUCCUCCUAAGAACAUUUUAUCGAUGAACGAAAUAGUCACCUUGUGGGAGAAAAAGAUCGGCAAGCCUCUUGAGAAGACUUACUUGUCAGAGGAACAAAUCUUCAAAAGCAUCGAAGAGGCUCCGGUUCCAAUCAAUAUUCUUCUGUCCAUAAACCACGCGGUGUUUGUGAAGGGAGAUCAGACCAGUUUCACUAUAGAGCCUUCGUUCGGUGUGGAAGCCUCUGAGCUUUUCCCUGAUGUCAAGUACACCACUGUCGAGGAGUAUCUCAGUCAAUUAGAGUGAGAAUAUUAGUAAACCACCAUAUUCACCUGGAUGACGACGAAUAUAUAUAGUUUCAUCAUAGUCGUAACAAUAAAUAAUGAUUCUCGCAAUGGUGAAGAAAAUGUGUGUGGAUGUGUGUGCUUGUGUCUAUUUUCGCGUGUGUGUAUGUGUUUUAUUAU